GCCACCCUGCGGCCAGACAGAAGCCGGAGCGAGGGGAGCUCGAAGUUGAGCUUUGCGCUGCCAAGGGCCGGCGGACUCCGCUUCCCUUCGCCGCUCGCGCUCUGCAGCCCGCCGGGCGCCCUUCCGAUCCUGGCUCGCCUGAGUGGCGAGAGAGACCUCGGGGCGCCAUGAUCUCGGGCGCCGGGCUGCUGCUGUUGCUGCUGCUCCUGGUGGCGCUGGCGGUGCUAGCCACUCGCUUCGGGAGGUGGCGGAGACCAGGUGAACCCCCACUUGAUAAAGGUGUUAUUCCUUGGCUGGGGCACGCACUGGACUUUGGCAAAGAUGCCGCCACAUUCCUGUACAACAUGAGGAAGAAGCAUGGCGAUAUUUUCACAAUUCAAGCUGCAGGGAAGUUUGUCACCAUCUUGCUGGAUCCCCAUUCCUAUGACGUCGUGCUGUGGGAGCCCCGCUCCAAGCUGGACUUCAACCAAUAUGCACGCCUUUUAAUGGACCGAAUGUUUGACGUCAAGCUGCCGGACUACGACCCCAAUGAAGAAAAGACCAUGUUAAGAAUGACUCUGCAAAACCAGAAUCUCUCCUCCCUGACAAAGGCCAUGUCUUUCAAUUUAUGGAACAUUUUGCUUUCUGACCCAAGCAGAACCAGCCUGCAUUGGAAAGAGGAUGGCCUCUUUCAUCUCUGCUACAGCACCAUGCUCAGAGCUGGAUACCUGACACUUUAUGGCAACGAAGGGAAAGAUUACGAAGAUGUCUCUGGCCAAGCAAAAGAUCGGGCUAACUCUCUGGAAAUAUAUAAUGAGUUUUAUAAACUGGAUCAGCUUUUAAUGAAAGCGGCUCGCUCUAUUUUGAGCGCAGGAGAAAAGAAGACAUUUGAUAGCAUUAAGAGAGAUCUCUGGAAGCUACUUUCUGUGAAAAGGUUGGAUUGCAGAGCAAACCGAAGCGUUUGGCUGGAUAGCUAUAAACAGCAUUUGGUGGACCUGGGUGUGGAUGAAGAGAUGCAGACUAAAGCAAUGUUGUUGCAGCUCUGGAGUACUCAGAGUAAUGCAGGGCCUGCAGUUUUUUGGCUUCUCUUCUUUCUUUUAAAACACCCUUCCGCCAUGGCUGCAGUUGAAGGUGAAAUGCAAACAAUAUUUGGAUCCAGAAAACAAACUAUUGGACAAGUCCAUGGGAUAAGUCAAGAGAAACUGGACAACACACCCAUUUUCAACAGUGUGCUGAAUGAAACACUGCGGUUGACAGCAGCUCCUUUUAUCAGCCGAGAAGUUCUUCAGGACAUGCUUCUGACACUGCCAGAUUGCAGAGAGUAUCACUUAAGAAAGGGAGAUAGGCUUUGCCUUUUUCCAUACGUAAGCCCACAAAUGGACCCCGAAAUCUAUGAAGAGCCAGAGAAAUUCAAGUACAACCGGUUUCUCAAUGCAGACUGCACUGAAAAAACAGACUUCUACAAAGGAGGGAGAAAGCUCAAAUAUUACACUAUGCCGUGGGGAGCAGGAAUCAACGUUUGUAUUGGAAAGUUCCACGCAGUCAAUAGCAUCAAACUGUGUGUUUUUCUCCUCUUAAGAUAUUUUGAUUUGGAGCUGAAACAUCCAGACACAAAGAUCCCAGGCUUCGACAAAGAACGAUACGGUUUUGGAAUGCUGCAGCCAGAAACCGACGUUGUUGUUCGAUACAAACUGAAAGACCAGUAGAAUGGGCUCACUCUUUUUCAGACCAACUUGUUCUGGACAGUCGCUUCCUUGCUGGCAAGAAAGCAAUAACUUGCUGGUUUCUGCUGGGUUUUUCAUGGCACUACUCAAAUGGAUAGUUUAUGUUCUAGCCACGAUGGGGAAAAAAAGUCCAAUUUUAAGAUGUGUUCCAUGACAUCAGCAAGCUGCUUAUAUGGAAAGGUUCCUUGGCUGGCACUUUUCUCCGUACCUCUGCAUGGUGUGAAUGGAAAAUGGUAAACACUUUGCUAUGUGAAAAGUGGCCUUUAUGGGACACACACAAUGAGUAAACACUGAGUAUACCAGCCAAUAUGUCAGGCUGAGUUUAUUCCAGAAGGAUCCAGCGCUAGGGUGUCCAACUGAAAAAAGAGGACAGGGCUCCUGAGUCUUUGAAUACUUGUGUGGAAGAGGAAGUUUCAGUAGAAGUAGCUUGCGUUAUAUGCAAUAUAGUGGUGCCUCAACUUACGGUCAUAAUCCAUUCCAGAAGAUGGACGUAACUCGAAA